CGGGGCCCGGCUGUAGGUUGCUAUAGGUGACCACACACACACACACACACACAUUACACAUAGCAACACAUAAACUCAGCCCAAAAACAUCCGUCAAUUACUUCAUUUAUAAACAUUUUACAUGACGUAAAUGUUGGAGUAAUGUUUUUGAUGACGUGUGGGAGGCUUCAGGGUGUUUAUGUAGCGAUAACUUGUUAUAUACGGCGGUCAUCGUGAGUCCGUUUCCAAGGUCCGGUUGGCUACUGCAGUCCACGUCCGGUGCUGUGGAGGCGAACUGUGUCUCUCACACUGUGUGCUGUGGUGAGCUGUGUCACUGCGUCUCACGGACCACAAAACCUGUGCCUGUCUGAGGUUCCCUGCGGACCCUCACACAUUGAUGAUCCCUAGUGAUGAAACAAGUAUAUUGACCCGGGGAAAUGUUCAUUUAACUUGUGAACAGCAGACAUCUUUAGCAUCGCGUAGCUGUACGUAGGUCUGCUACACCUUAUAAGUGUACCAGCUGAGGGUGUAGAGGAGAGACAUUUGCCAGGGCAGCAGGAUAAGAGGUGUCAGCAGUGAGGAGAAGCGGUCAGCAGGAAGCAGAAGCCGUCAGCAGGGAGGAGAACCGGUCAGCAGGAAGCAGAAGCCGUCAGCAGGGAGGAGAACCGGUCAGCAACAGAGUGAUGGCGGCCAGUCCGAAGAGAAGGAGUCAGGAAUGGUCCAUGGUCGCUCUCUGGAACCUCCUGGGUCGUUUCAUCAACCUUGUCGUCGCCUGUAUCAUGCUCCUGACGGCCUAUCUUCAGGUGGGGAGGCCUGACGCCUUCAUCUGGGUGUCAACCUUCCUGGUUCCCGCCAUUCUAACGGUCAUCCUCACAGUACGGCAGAGGGCGGUUGAGAGUGUGGUGGUGCGGGCAGUGACGUCGGUGGCUGUGGGGUGCUACCUGACCUUCCUCAUCUACCUGAUCAUCAGACUCAUCAGAACUAUGGUGAAGAACAACUCCAACUUCGUCAUGACCUCAGACAACACCGAGAGUUCCAGCUCCCGGUACCCAAGCCCCUUCGACUACCACGAGGCUUGGGAGUGUCUGGCAGUGAUCAUGGUGGUGGCCUGGAUCAAGUUCCUCACCAUCACCUCAAAGGAAAACCUCAGAGAAAGCGGAGCGUCGUACCAAGAAGUGUCCCCUAUAGCCAUGCUGAGGUCGCUGGGGGUGGUGCUGGCCGUGCUGGCGUUCGUGCUGGCCUCCUGCUACUUGCACGGCAUCCUCUCCUUCGUGUCCAGCCCCGUCCGUGCCCCGGGAUACCCAGGCGACGACACCAAGUUCCUUUUCUACAGUGAUGCUGCCCAUUCCUCUUCCAAGGCCUGACCCCUGAGCUGGCUACACUGUCCUGGGCUUGCUCAGCAGGUCUUGGUCACCUCCUCUUCCAAGGCCUGACCCCUGAGCUGGCUACACUGUCCUGGGCUUGCUCAGCAGGUCUUGGUCACCUAAUUUUUU